AUCAAAACGAGACGCUACCGGAUACAGCAGCGUAUCGAAAGGAAAGGGGAACAAACGAAGUGACGAUGAAUUCCAGAGGACUUCGCUCUCAGCUUAAGGACAGUGUACCUGUGGCUGGGUUCUCUCCACAGGGAGCUUACGGAGUGCAGGACUCCCUCCGUAGUGGAUUUACCAGUGUUAAGAAUGAACUGCUUCCAAGCCACCCGCUGGAGCUGUCAGAAAAAAAUUUCCAGUUGAACCAGGAUAAGAUGAAUUUCUCAACACUCAGAAACAUCCAGGGUCUUCACGCUCCUCUCAAACUGCAAAUGGAGUACAGGGCGGCACGACAGAUCCAGCGUCUCCCAUUCCUACAGAGCUCAAAUUUGGCUCUCGAUACGCUGCGAAACAGCGAUGAGUCCAUUGGAUUUGAAGACAUCCUCAACGAUCCAGCCCACAGUGAAGUGAUGGGUGAGCCACACAUGAUGGUGGAGUACAAAUUGGGAUUGUUGUGAACAGAGUUAUGCACACAGAUCCAUAUUAUUAUUAUGUAUGAAUACAUUUGUUUAUCAACUCCAUAACCAAAGUUAGUAGUUGGUGGAGAGUUUUAGUUGUGGAGUACUUUUGAGCAGGAAAUGGAUGUGUGUGUGUGUAGUGAUCUUGAAAAAAGUCACUCAUACAGGCUGCUUUUGUAUGAUUUCAUUUGGUUAUUUCUAAUAAACUUCAUGACUCUC